UGUAGCCUUCUACAACACAAUCCAUGUUCUUCUGGUCAAUAAUUUCAACGCUGUUUGGGUACGAUGGAUUGGGUCACAACGCCCGAGUGUAAAGCGUAAAGAUGCACAGGGAUAUUCCAUGAGGGCGAUGUUUCAAGGUAUAUCCAGAAUUUGGAGAUGCCCACCUUUKCCAAGGAGGAAGCACCACUGUUUACAAGGAUCCCAUCCAGAGGAGCCGUGUGUCCUGAUCCCAGGCGGCAUGGUCUCGGAAUACCAGGAAAAGUACCCUGCCUACUUCAACACUGUUGUCCGGSCAGCCAAGAAGCCGAAGAAUGAGUACCAGCCAAUGGAAGGAAAGAUAUCCAACAUGACCACUUUCAGGUCAGACUACGUGGCCCAUGAAGUGACCCAGAGGCCACCAAAGGUCACCAAGUUGAAUGUGCCACCUGAUGGGAGAAUGAGACACAGCAGCACUUACGUCAGGGACUACCCAACUCACCCUGUUCAGAAGCACAUCGUGACCAAGCCAGAUGGGUACCAUCCGCCCACAGCAAAAAUGGUUGCCCAGUCUUUAUACAAAGAGGAUUAUCGAGCAUGGCACACCCAGAAAGUCCAACCCUGCAGGACGCGUGACAACCUGAAGUUGAACAACAGCAAAUUUGAGGUGACCACCACCUAUCAAGAUGAAUUCUGCUACAAGGGCCCAGCCGAGGCCAGGGAGAGAUUCAAACCAGCCCCCGACGCCCCAGAGACCCUGCCCUUCGAUGGCGCCACCAACUACCAGAUGCAGUAUAUGUCCCAUCCUGUCCAGCCCAGGCAGCCCAAGGAGAAGGCCGUCUACAGGCCCACCAGCGCCCCCCUCAAUGGGGUCUCCACCUACAGGCAGAACUACCUGGGCCUGCCGGCCAAGCCCUUCAGGGCCAAGGUGGCUUGGGAGAGCAGCCCGGCAAUCUUUCAGGGGACCACCGAGUUCCAUGAUCAGUACAAGUCCUGGCCCCUGCAGCCCAAGCACCGGCACCAUGCUGAGGAGUACUGCCCAACUGAGGGCACUUUGGUUGGUCUGUCCACAGCUCAUGCUGACUAUGUCGGCCACGAGUGCCAACAACGGCCCCAGUCCGCUCGCCCCCCGGUCGAGGCCUGGACAAAGGAGGCCAGGGCACCCCUCCAGACCAGGUCCACCAUGAAGGAGCACUACCGUGCCUGGGACAUGUUGCGUCCCCGCCCCACUUUACAUGCAGAUGAGCUAGAGAAACCCAAGGGGGCUUUCGCCAARACCACCACCUUCCGCUCAGCAUACACACCCAAGACGGCCCAGCGCGCCACUAGCUUCAAGCCCACUCAGACGCUGCUGAGCCCCCAGGCCAUGAAUGAAGACUCUGUCUGUCGCCCCAACAAGCCCAAGGAGAUCCCAUCUUGCCCAGCCUGGGAUGGCUGUCCUCCUGGCUUUGAGUACAGCUCCAUGGGGGCUGGAGGACACAGGCUGUACCGGACCAUCUCGAUACAGGAAACAGGGCCGAGUCAGCUGGCCGCAGCCACGAGCGAGAAGUCUCCUUACUCCCACAGCAGGAAGAGCUGCAUGGUCCCCAGCCACCAAGCCAAGAGGGCACCAGAGUCCUGAUUACUGACCUGUACACACAUAGCUAGCUAGAGGACUUUCUUAUUUUUCUAUUCAAAUAGAGCACCUUCGGUAUUUUUUAUAGUCACAUAAAAAAAAAUGGGAUAAUGCUAGUUUAUUUAUUUUAUACAAAGAGGUCACACAAAUUCUUACUUGAACAUUUCAUCGUUAAGCUUUUUGCAAAUUUUUUUUAAACAUAAGUUAACAAUGUGGACACGAACGUAAAAGAUCAGACACCAUCUAGCAUAGGAAAACUCAUAGUAACGCACCAGAUGCAACAGAAUGUGUGUGCCAGCAAUAUAAUCAAUUAAGUUUUUAUUAAUGAGCUGAAUAAAAAGCCAGUCCAUUAAAGGCCCAAUGCAGCUGUUUUUAUCUCAAUAUCAAAUCAUUUCUGGAUAACACUCCAUCCUGGUUACUGUGUUAUCUGGGUGAGGGUGGUAAGUACCUUAGUGUGAUUGUUUUCAAUUAAAAUGGUCAAAAAGAAACAAAAAUAGCUUCUUAGCAAAGAGCAAUUUCUCAAGCAAGA